GGGAUAAAGAUGGCAGCAAGGUAACAACAGUCGUGGCCACUCCAGGCCAAGGCCCCGACCGGCCACAGGAGGUGAGCUACACGGACACCAAGGUCAUCGGCAACGGCUCGUUUGGCGUCGUCUACCAGGCCAAACUGUGCGACUCUGGAGAGCUGGUGGCGAUCAAGAAGGUUCUGCAGGACAAGAGGUUCAAGAACCGCGAGCUGCAGAUCAUGAGGAAGUUGGAUCACUGCAACAUCGUCCGCCUGCGCUACUUCUUCUACUCCAGUGGAGACAAGGUCAGUGGGAUGAGUGAUGCUUCUUUCAUCUUCUUCUUCUGAGCUUUCAUCCAUGCAGUCAACUGCAGAACAGACCAAUGUGGGGGGGAUUUAACACUUCAGGAGGAGCUAGGCAACUGUGUGAUCAGUGGACACGCUCUUCCUCCUAAGGCACAGUAGUGACUGUUAUACGAGAGCCCAACAGAUGGAUCUGUCACCGUGUUUUUUGGCCAGUUUUUGCUUUUCACA